CAGUUGUUUCAGUUUUACCAUACUGCUGGGAGCUUCGCGACACGCCAAUACCGUGUCUGUUACUCUUGCUGUAUUUCUUUAGAGGAAUGCUUGUGAUUUAGCAAAGGAAGUUAUAUAUAUUUCAUUGUACUCUUGUAAUUGACUCAGAAAUAUGCAACAACUUGGAGAGAUGUUGUCAACGUCUGCUUCUCAGUAUAUUAACCCGGACUAUUACAACCCUUUACCAACAACGCUUGAUGCAAAGAAAAGUCCAUUAGCCAUGCUAGCUCAAACAUGUAGCAGCAUUGGGAAAGAUCCAUCAACAAAAUCCAUCAUUCCCCCACUGGAGAAGAAAGAUGCCGAAAAACAACAGCUGGAAAAAUCAACUCCCGCUGAAAACGAAACGAAAGACUCCAACACCAAGGAAAGUGCUGACACUAAUGAUAAACCCAAAUUCCGCUCUGUGGUUCAUAAGGACGUGCCAGCCCUCGUCCCAGUAUCGCGAUCAAAGGAGGAGAAAUCUGCCACACCAACCUCUAAAUCCUCACCCAAACCGAAAGAUGUCACCAUCACCACUGCCUCUGCUUCAUCUCAAUCUGAGCGGGCCAGUGUGAGUUCCCGGUCGCCACAUUCGCGCCACUCUGUGCCAGACGACCACAGAAGACGACCCGAGUCGCCACGGUCACCACGACAUGUCCCGAGAUCCAUUGCCAGUGAUUAUGAUGUCAGCAAAGCUGGCCAGUCUGCCUCAUUUUCCAGUUAUCCCUAUUUCUCACACCCUGGACUCUCCGCCGAUGCCUUGGCGGGUUAUCCUUAUGGAUUGCACUCCCAUGCUGCAGCAGCUGCCCUGGCUGCCCAGUCCUCUGCACUCGCUGCUCAAUCAUCAGCCCUGAAAUCCGCUUACGGGAACACCAUGUCUCCAUAUGUUUCAUACGCUCGUGUUCGGACCCCAUCAGGGGCCACAACUCUUGUUCCAGUAUGUCGAGAUCCUUAUUGUACAAACUGCCAACUGACUGUUCAAAAUUCACAUUUAUCCUCUACAUGCACUGCUGUUGGAUGUACACAAUGUGCUCAUGAAAAGGCGUUGCAAAAUCUAAGCAUGGGACUACCUUCUUUUCCUCACAUGCCGCCGACAACAUAUUCAACAUCCAGUCUCAUGUCAGCCCAAGGUCUGGGGUCACACCUCUUCUCCUCAUCACUGUACCCGUCUCUGUCCGCUGCCCACAGCGGUCUACCAUUUGUCUGUAACUGGGUGUCUCCUGGUAACGAGCCGUGUGGAAAACGAUUUACAACCUCCGAGGACCUCUUACAGCAUCUCCGUUCACACACCACUGUCACAGACCCGCUAGCCCUGGCGGCGGCCUACGAACGUUAUGGGGUGCCACCCGCCGGACUCCCCGGGUUCUCACAUCUGGGUCUUCCAUCCCCUGGGUCAAGUAGUCCAGGGUCGAUAAGGAGAACCUAUCCUACAAGUCUCAGUCCCCUCAGUGCCAUGGGUUCUUCCCGUUACCAUCCCUACAAAUCGAUGACGUCACCAGCCACAGCGGGACUUCCUUCCCAGCAGCUUCCGUCUUUUGGACCUUAUUUCUCCCCUUAUUCUCUGUACGGUCAGAGGAUAGGCGCUGCCGCCGUUCCAUGACUUUAUAGCGAGGCUCAGGACUAGUGCUCAAUCCAUUUUUUUUUUUAACUUACAUGUUUUAUUUAUUCUCUGGUAUAUAAAAUAUGACAUUGAAGUAGAAAAAAAAUAUCCAGAGACUAAAUUUUGUUGAAUUUAAUAUAUUAUACAUUAAAAGUAUUAAUAACUAU